AUGCCUCUCCUCCUGUUGCUGCUUCUGCUGCCGCGCCCCUCACACCCCCAGUUGGUCUGUGAGGUCUCCAAGGUGACCAGCCAGCUGGAAGUGAACUGCGACAACAGAGGGCUGAAGGUGCUGCCUCCAGAUCUGCCCAGAGACAUGGCCAUCCUUCACCUGGGUGAGAACCCCCUGGGCACCUUCUCCACAGCAUCCGUGGCGUCUAUGACCCAGCUUGCAGAGCUGUACCUGCGUCAAAGCCAGCUGACCAAACUGCAGAUGGACGGGGCGCUGCCACGGCUGGAGACCCUGGACGUCUCCCACAAUAAGCUGAAGAGCCUGCCCUUUCUAGGACGGGCACUGCCAGCCCUCACCACCCUGGACGUCUCCUACAACGAGCUGACCGCACUGUCUCCUGGUGCUCUGGACGGCCUGAGCCGGCUCCAUGAGCUCUACCUACGCGGCAACAAGCUCAAGACUCUGCCCCCGGGGCUCCUGAGGCCCGUGGCCCAGCUGAGGAAGCUCAAUCUGGCCGACAACAAGUUAAACGAGCUGCCCCCGGUGCUCCUGGAUGGCUUGGGGGAGCUCGACACCCUCUACCUCCAAGGGAACUGGCUGCGCACCAUCCCAAAGGGCUUCUUCGGGGACCUCCUCCUGCCUUUCGCUUUUCUCCACAACAACCCCUGGGCCUGUGACUGUGAGAUCCUCUAUUUCAGCCGCUGGCUGCAGGACAACUCCAAUAACGUCUACUUAUGGAAGGAGGGUGUGGACGUCAAGGCCAUGACUCCCAACGUGGCGAGUGUGCAAUGCGUCAACCUGCACAACACACCCGUCCACACCUACCCAGGGAAGGGCUGCUCCAUUCUCGGGGAUGGGGUUGACCUAGGCUAUGAUGACUACGACGAAGAGGAGGAAGUGGGAAAAGUACCCGCCACCAGGGCCGUGGUCAGCUUCUCCACCAACACCAGAGCCCACACAACCCACCGGGCCCCCCUCCACUCAGCACCCACUGCUUCUCCAGACCGCCAGAUGCCCCAUCUGUCUUACACCCUCGAGUCCACGAAGAAACAGAGCAGAUUCCCAACCGCCCCAGAGCCCAGCACGUCCAGCACGCCCCAUCCCCCGUCCUCCACCAUGCCCCACUCCACAACAUCCACCAUGACCAUGACCACCCCAGAGCUCAGGCUCCCCACCAGCCUGGAACCCACGACCCCCACCACCCCGGAGCCCACCACGACCCCCACCACAACCCCCACCACCCCGGAGCCCACAACCCCCACCACCCCCGAGCCCACCACGACCCCCCCCGACCCCGAGCCCACCACGACCCCCCCCCCCCCGGAGCCCACCACGACCCCCACCACGACCCCCACCACCCAGGAGCCCACCACAACCCUAAUCAUCUCUGAACUGACCACAUUUGAGAUCCCAGAAUCAACCUCAUUCCCUACUAUUUUGGAAUACCCAACAACCACCUCCUCUGUCUACCUCCCAGAGGCCCACGAGGUGGUUCAAGGGAAUUUGGAGAGCUCCAAAAAUGACCCUUUGCUCAACCCUGACUUCUGCUGUCUCCUCCCCCUGGGCUUCUAUGUUUUGGGUCUCCUCUGGCUUCUGUUUGCCUCUGUGGUCCUUAUCCUGCUGCUGGCUCGGGCCCGGCCCGCGGGGCCACAGGCCCUGGCCACAGCCACGCACACCGCCCAUCUGGAGCUGCAGAGGGGAAAGCAAGUGACCAUGCCCCGGGCCUGGCUGCUUUUCCUUCAAGGCUCACUCCCCACUUUCCGCUCCAGCCUCUUCCUGUGGGUAUGGGCUGAUGGCCACGUGGGGCCCCUGCGGGCAGGACGGUGGCCCUCUGCCCUGAGUCUGGGUCGGGGUCAGGACCUGCUGGGAACAGUGGGCGUUAGGUAUGCUGGCCACAGCCUCUGAGGGGGUUGGUUUGGGGACCUGCAGAGGCCGUGACGGGCUUCCGC